AUGGUUCAAUAUAACCAACGUGGUGGCGGUAGAGUAGGGAAGGGUAAAGGAGGUCGAAGAGGAGGAGGAUUUAUGACUAGACGAUCAUCUGCUGGGUCGUGGAAAAACUCCGAAAGGAAGGGAGGUAAAGGGAAGGGUCGAACCAGAAAGGAAGGAGUUACUGCUGAACAGCUCGAUAACAUCUCACAGGAUGAGGCCUUAUUGCGUUACAAAGGGGAGGAUGCUCUAGCUAAGAAGUAUGAUGAGGAUCUGGAAAAGUAUUUUGAAAGGGGUCGAGAAAAGGAGGAACAACAUGAACAUACCUCUGAUGAUGCAGAUGCUACAGCCCCUGGUGAUGCAGGUGGUAAGGUAACUGACGAGGGAGGAGGAGGAGCCACUGUAUAUCAUUCAAUCUCCUUAGCUGAGCAAGCCGACAUGGACGUCAUCAUCCUAGGAUACCCAGGGUCCAAGCCUAUGAAGGAAGUGAUAGCUUCUAAACACAUCACUCUACGGUAUAUGAAACCAUUCCAGAGUCUAAUCAUACUCAGAUACAUAAUCUAUGCUCUAUGUAAACUGGUUUAUGAAGGUACUCAGUUGUUGUGGAUAUUACUAUUUGAACUACCUCCUCCUAAGCUGAUUAUGGUCCAAACUCCCCCAGCUAUCCCUACUCUUAUCAUAGCUAGUAUUGUUACCUUCAUACGCCGAUCGAAACUCAUUGUUGACUUCCAUAACUUAGCGUAUACCAUCCUAGGGGAGAAGUUGGGUCCACACCAUUUACUUGUCCGAUUGAGCCAUGUCUAUGAGGCAUUCUGGGCAUCUAAGUAUAGUGAUCGUAUAAAGCUGUAUGAGAAGUUGCGGUCAUCAUAUGGUGUAGUUGAGGAGGAUCUUACUAGUGAUAAGGUUAUCACUAUGGUAUCGAGUACAUCAUGGACUCCUGAUGAGGAUUUCCUAAUGCUACUACCAGGAUUAGUGGAAAUCGACUAUCUUUUGCGAGAGAAAGACAAACUGUUGGUAUUUUUCAUAACGGGAAAAGGUCCAUGUAAGGAAGCCUUCGUUCGAGCUUUUGAGGAUCUACGCCUUUCUAACAUCAAGUUAUAUACACCAUGGUUGUCUGUCUUGGACUAUCCCCUCUUACUAGGUUCUGUUGACGUGGGUAUAUCCUUACAUCAAUCGUCUUCGGGAUUAGAUUUACCAAUGAAAGUCGUGGAUAUGUUGGGGGCUGAUCUUCCAGUCAUUGGACGCGACUUUGAGGCUUUUGGGGAACUUGGUAGGAGGAGAAAAAGGAGAAGGAUGAAGGGUUAGGAACGUUCAUGAGGAGAAGGAGGAAUCAUAAUAACCAUUUAUAUUCUUAAAUAGACUUUAACCAGCAAUCUUCUCAUAUCUAUCACGUUGCCUUAUCGUACGUUGCUAUGGACUAUUUCUUCCCAGUGAAUCAUACCUAGACUAUGAUGAUAACCACCUUUCAGCUGAUGCCGCUGGUGUGCUCACCUUUAACACUUCACAUGAUGUUACCAACUUGUUUGACAAACUACUUCUACAAGGUGACCGAUCGAAGCAGCUUCGUUUGUCGAUGAUGGAAAAGGCUCGAGAAUGGCGACAACUCGAUUGGUGCAGUCAAUGGAAGGAAACGGUCCUCCCAGUUAUUCAUACUUUCAAUGAUCCUUCGUAGUAA